CCAGCGUUUGGUUCCAGCAGCAGCUUCAGUUUCUCUCAGAGUCUCUGAGUCUCAGACAUGAUGAAGAUGAAGCUGCUCCUCUUCCUCUGCGGGGUCCUCUGGGUCUCUGCUGAUGUUCUUCAUGAGGACAUUAAUAUCGUUGGAUGUUCAGACUCUGAUGGAGAGGACAUGUACGGUCUGGAUGGAGAAGAGGUCUGGUUCGCUGACUUCAAGAAGAAACAAGGAGUCGAACCUCAACCUCCUUUUGUUGGUCAUGUGAGCUACCCAGGAGGUUAUGAAUCAGCUGUGGCGAAUCAACAGGUCUGCAAACACCUGGGGAUCAGGCGUAAAGCUAUGAAGGAUAUUCCUCUGGAACGAGAUGCCCCCUCUGGUCUGGUUAUUUACCCCAGAGACGAUGUGGAGCUGGGAGAGAAGAACAUCCUGGUCUGUCACGUCUCUGGUUUCUAUCCGCCUCCGGUCAACGUCUCCUGGACCAGAAACGGAGAGAAAGUGACUGAAGGAACCAGCAUCAACGUUCCUUUUCCCAGUAAAGACUCAACCUUCACCCAGAUCUCCAGGCUGCACUUUGUCCCUCAGCUGGGAGACAUUUACAGCUGUUCAGUGGAACAUCUGGCCCUGAAAGAACCAAAGACCACAACCUGGGAUGUGGAGAUGAACAAUCCUCAGUCCGGUUCCGGUCCGGCCAUCUUCUGUGGAGUCGGUCUGACCAUCGGCCUGCUGGGAGUCGCUGUGGGAACUUUCUUCCUGAUCAAAGGGAACGAGUGCAGCUGAUUGGCUGGUUGGAGCUGAUUGGUUAGAGCUGAUUGGCUGGUUAGAGCUGAUUGGCUCGUUGGAGCUGAUUGGUUAAAGCUGAUUGGCUGAUGGUUUAUCUGAUUUAUGUUCAUUUUCAAACUGUUUUUUCACUUUAAUCAUUUUCUUCAUUGAUGUAAAUUUAAUAUAAACUAUUUUGAAAGUUUAAAUCUUUUCAUUCAUUAAAACAUGAAACUUUAAUCUGAUGGUUUUUAUGUAACUGGAUCGACUGUUUCAGUUAAUAAAUGAUCAAUUAUUUCUA